CCGAGCAAUGACUGUUCAAGUACCACAUUUGUGUGCCUAAUCCUGGACGGUCUCGAAACACGCCAAAGGAGUUCCACGACGAGCAAAGCCGAAGUGAAUCUUUUCACGGUCCGUUCGCAUUUUGGAAAGACUACUAGCCAAGUUUGGCUCAGAGCCGGAAGGUGUUUGUGUCGUGACGUCACUGCUGCGCUUCGAGUUAGCCUAGCUUAGCAUCAUUAAAGCUGCUCGUAAAGUUUCAAAGCAGUUCAUUUCGCGGUGAUCGACUCCUGAAACAGGCGUGACCGGAUGCCUUUCAAACCGGAAGCUCCAGUUUCCUCGUUUGAGACUCUGUGUAGUCUGGAAAAGUGACUUUAUACACGACGUGCUCGGACAUCUUCAACGUGUUUGGAUUUAUCAUCUUCAUCGAACAUCAACUCGACUGACGCCACUCGUACGAUGUCUAAAAGAGACUUUCUUUACUAACAAUAGCAUUUGCUCAUCUAUGCUAGCAACUGGAUGAUACCGCCGCCUGUUCUCAUGGAAGCAGCCACCUCGCCGCCUUCAGUCAAGUGAAAGUGAAACCGUGGCGUGGAAAGAGGAAGUUGCUGUCCUCCAGAAGUGUUGGUGAUCUUGGUGUUUGCACGCAGAGCUGUGAUUGGUGCGACCAUGAGCCAGUGGAGCGGAGAGCAGCGCAGACGUCCUCUAUGUCCACUCUGGAUCUGAGGGACAAUGUCUCCUGCUUUGUGGUCCUAAACCUAAAAAGGACCGGACCUCGUGUGCCGCCUUCUUUUGUCGCCGUGAUGGCGGGAAAGGACUACAAUCAUCUCUUUAAGCUGCUCAUCAUUGGCGACUCCAACGUCGGGAAAAGCAGCCUCCUGCUCCGCUUUGCUGACAAUUCCUUCUCUGGAAGCUACAUCACCACCAUCGGCGUGGACUUCAAGAUAAGAACGGUGGACAUUGACGGCGAGCGUGUCAAGCUGCAGAUCUGGGACACGGCGGGCCAGGAACGAUUCCGAACCAUCACGUCUACGUACUACAGGAACACGCACGGCGUCAUCAUCGUGUAUGAUGUCACCAACCCUGAGUCCUUUGUCAACGUCAAGCGGUGGCUCAACGAGAUCUCUCAGAACUGCGACAACGUCUGCAAGAUCCUGGUGGGAAACAAGAACGAUGACCCGUCCAGGAAGCAGGUGGAUACCCAGGAUGCACUGCAUUUCGGGGGGUCGGUGGGGGUGCGCGUGUUCGAGACCAGCGCCAAAGAGAACAUCAACGUAGAAGAGAUGUUCAUGGCCUUCACCCACAUGGUGCUGCGGGCCAAGAAGCAGAGCCAGAACCGAGCCGAGAGGGAUCGCGAGCGCGAGAAGGACACGGUCAACAUCAACGCGCAGCGAGAGCGAGACCGCAGGAAGCGAGGCAAGAAAUGCUGCUGAGGACAGGAAGCGACCUUCACCCUGCCCCGCUUGUGUUCUUCUUCCACUUGGAAAGGACUCGCCAGGCGAGAGCGCCAGGAAGUAGAGCUGUGAAUUUGCACUCGUCAUUGCCACAAUCAAACGUGACUGAAGGGAAGUUAGCAGGAACUAACACGUGCUAGCAUGCCAUCAGUAGCGUUGUUGUUUUAAUGUCCAAUAAAGCCUUACCUCCAACACGCAUUACACUUU